ACUCACAUCAAACCAACGCAAUGAUGCAUCUCAUAGCAUUUGUAAGCUUUUCGCUCCUCCAACUUGUAGCAGCAAUCCCCCAUCAAAGGACAUGCAAAUGCUUCCCAACUGAUGCGUGCUGGCCGACGGAGCAAGAAUGGAACUUAUUCAACAACACUGUGAACGGCAAUCUGAUCAAAAACAUCCCUCUUGGCUCACCAUGUCACGCUCCCAACUAUGUCAAGGAAGUCUGUGAUGGGCUCGCAUCAUCAUGGAUGACUCCAGGGACACAUAUCAACUCCUCAUCAUCGAUACAGGCUCCGAUCUUUACGAAUGCCAGCUGUGAUCCUUUCACGCCUGAAUCUACAUCCUGUCUCGAUGGCAACUACGUCCGCUAUACAGUCAAAGUCGCGAAUCCUUCGGAAAUAGCCGCCACAAUCAAGUUCGCUGAUCGCCAUAACAUUCGACUCGUGAUCCGGAAUACUGCGCACGAUUAUAUGGGACGGUCGACGGGUGCGGGUGGUCUUGCCAUUUGGACGCACUUCCUCAAAGAUGUAGAGAUCAAGAACUGGUCGGAUGUUGAGUACACAGGCAGAGCCGCCACGAUCGGUGCUGGUGUGCAAGGCCAUGAAAUUUUGCAGGCGGUCUCGGCUGCUGGUUUCGUAGCGGUGACGGGAGAGUGUCCGACGGUAGGAAUUGCUGGUGGUUAUACUCUAAGCGGCGGACACUCACCUCUCUCCACGGCCUUUGGUCUUGGUGCGGAUCAGACUCUUGAGUUCACAGUCGUGACGGCCGAUGGUCGACUGCUUACUGCAAGUCCGUCUAACAAUGCUGAUUUGUUUUGGGCUUUGAGCGGUUCUGGGGCUGGAAACUAUGGCGUUGUGGUCUCGAUGACUAUCAAGAUUUAUCCGGACGCGAGAACAAGUGGGGCCAGCAUCACAAUUCAGCAGCCCGGACUGGACUACUCGGCGAUCCUGAAUCUCUGGCACGCUGCUUUGCCUGAGAUUAUCGACGGUGGUAACAUGGCAACAUAUUACGCUACAAAUACCGCUUUUGUCCUGCAUUCGUUGACAGGUUUCAAUCUCACUGCAGACGAUAUGUCGUCCGCACUUGCGCCUUUCAUCAAGUCCUUGACCACACAAAAUCUAACCUUGCAGCCCAACUUCACGUCGUACGAUUCCUAUCACAAACACUACGAACAUUACUAUGGUCCCUUGCCUGAAGGCGUUUUUGGCGUGGCAGGCGGAGACUUGAUCGGUGGCCGUUUCCUUCACCGAGAUGUCCUCCCAAAUAUGGGCUCUGCGAUCAAAACCUCGGUUCUUUCCAUUGGCGGAACCUUCAUCGGACAGUCAACCAAUGUAUCGCGCUUCAAAAGUUCGAGUCGAGCGGUCAUUCCGCAAUGGCGUCAGGCCGUGGUCAUGUCUUCGUAUUCACUUCCAUACAGCUUUCACGUGCCGUUUGCGGACAUGCAGGCUCAACAGAACCGGAUCACCCGGGACAUAAUGCCUCAAAUUGAAGCCACUACCCCCAACGCCGGCGCUUAUAUCAAUGAGGCAGAUUAUCAGCAGAAGGACUGGCAGGAUGUCUUCUACGGAAGCAACUAUGGUGGACUGUUGAAUGUAAAACGGAAAUACGAUCCGAAGACCUUGUUUUGGAACGCGAUUGCGGUGGGUAGCGAAGGAUGGCAAAUCUUCGAAGGGGGCAGGAUGUGCAGGGUGGACCGUUAUUUUUGAACACUUGGUAUUAUUGAUUCAUCUAACAGCUGGUACUAACCAGCGCAGAAGUUUCAAUGUAUAGAUGACUAGGCUCGAACAUCUGUCUCCAUUCGAAUCACGCUGCAGCUCAAAUGAAGUGUCAAGUGGAAAAAGCGGACCCCUGUCUCCUAUGAGGACGGCCGACAACUCCGAUAAUGCGAGUGAUC